AUGGCAAUGGAACCAGUGGCGCAGGAAGUCUUCAAGCAGAGGCUGUACGAACUGGCGAAGGAAAACGAGGCAAAGCAGCCUGAGGACCCGCCAGCAAGGGAAGCACCUGUCACCAGCGGGGACGAUGUGUUGGAGGGCAUGCUCAGCGAUCUUCUCGGAGCUCUCCGCCGUGAGGGCCCAGGGGACCCCUUCUCGGCCGAGAAGGUGGCGGCCAUCAAUGCCAAAGCCUCCGAGGCCGUCACAGCGCCAUCUGGAUCUGAUCCUCCAAAAACAGCAGGAACCAGUGCUGAUGCCAGCGAACCUCCAACCAAGGCCGAAAACGCCGCUGGAGCGCCUGAGCCGACAGGCCUGUUGGCUGCCAUUCGCGCUGCGGGGGCAGUGAUGCAAAGGGAAGAACCGUGA